AUGGCUACGCAUGCUCCACCAACUCCAUAUGAUCCAACUACCGAGCACUGGGAAUCAUGUUACGAUUCGAGUGUUUCCUCGAGGCGAACGAUCUCACGGAUCCUGAAGCCUGUAAGAAGAACAUGUUCCUGGGUUACUGUGGCUGGGAAGUGCUCAAAACUGCAAAAAACCUCUCAGAACCAAUUCCAAGCUGUGUCCUGGUCUGCCCUGCAACAAACACUGAAGACUCCCUACACGUCCAAGCCAUCUAAAUAUGUUCACUGGCAGGAAUUCAACAUCAGGAACCAGAAGGAGAGCAAAUCCAUCAAUGAGUAUGUAGCAGCGCUCCAAAAAGCCGCAGCUUACUGUGAGUUCCGAGACCUGGACGAGCUGAUUUUGCACACCUCAAGACGCGUGGAAGAGUACCCAUACAUGCUGGUAUCUCUUGACUGUUCAGGUGCUGAGUCUCAGUUGAGCCAUACUCCUCUGCCAGUGCCUGCCACCUUCAGGGAAACAGAAUGCAGUUUUUCCAUCAAAAAGACCCGCCAACCACUCAGCUAUACCCUUCCUCCACGACCACGUCACAAGAGUACAUUAACUGUGAGCCGAAUUUUCUCUGACCGCCGUCUGCAGCCUUGGACCAAGCUCCAGCCACGUAGUGUUUCCUUUCAUGACUUGCACAAGCAGAAAUCGCCUCUACAUAGUCAUCUAUAUGAUGCCUCUAAAAGAGAGUUGUUUUUCAAGCAAUGUUUUCAGAAACUCAGCUGUUUGGGACGAGGAUCUUUUGAGGAAGUAUGCAAGCUAAGGGGUCAUCAAGUAUGGUCUUGUGAAAAUGGUCAGUUGUAUGCAGUGACGCGUUCUGUGGAGCCUUUCCGGAGUGAGGGUGACAGGCAGCACAAAUUGGCUGAGGUGCACAAGCAUGAGCAUGUGGGGCACAAUCCCAACUGUGUGAGCUUUGUACAGCAAGAGGCAUUGGGAAGAAUUAAUCCCAAGUAUAUCAGCAUUAACGCAGAUGGUCUUGGCAUAACUAACCUAGAAAUUAUGUGUAAUAUGGAGCUCCCUAAUGGAGGUGAGGGCUGGUAGCAGCUUUGACAGGGUUAUUUGCCCCCUGAAUUCACUGCAGGUGAGCAGCAGUAAAGGGGACACAUCUCUGUGUUAUCUACAGUGCAAGUAUUCUGCUGGAAAUCUUAAAAAGCAAACUGAAAAGUAGAAUGAUCAAGUGAAGCUGAUAUGAAAAAUUCAAUAUGCCACACAAUUAAAGAUAGGUGAUUGGCUCUUCCUAUACAUUUCAGAUAUCUUGGCGAAAAAGUGUGUGGUUAGUGCAGUCUGGGAUCCAUCAGGGCAUCUCCAUGUACAAGGUAAGCAUGAAUUUAGCCAUUUGCAGUUUUUGGAUAGGUACCGUGUUUCCCUAAAAAUAAGACCCAACCAGAAAAUAAGCCCUAGCAUGUUUUUUCAGGAUGCUCAUAAUAUAACUCCCACCCCCAAAAUAAGCCCCAGUUAAGAUUGUCAGCCCUGGGUAGGGGGGGAGCACCAAUGUCCAGCUGCUGCUGCAGCCUGCCGGCCCCUUGGCCAGCACACUCUGGGGCUGUGCAGCCCAUGCAGUGCAGGUGAGUCUGAGCGCUGCAACUGCCGUGCUGGCACUCUUGACUUUUGAACAUGCUGAUAUGAUGUACCCAAUAAAGAAGAUCUUUGAAAAAGCAACAGCCUCAGAGUCUUGAACUAAUUGGGAGCAUUGCUUGGAACCAUGACACUAAGCCAACUCUCUUCUAUCUUAUCAAAACUACGGGACUCCUGAGCCCCAGCCCUCCGCCCGUUUCGAGGGAAGGGAAAUUCUCAGGAAGAGAUGGCUGAGAAAAGGGGAGGAGAGGCUGCCAGCAAACCAGUGGAGGACCCAGGAACCUCACAGGCUGGAGCCCAGGGGAGCGAGAUCACCCAGCUGAUUGUCAUGCGACCAAAGCUGCGAUCGGGGAAGCCUGACCAGACAGAGCUGCAUGGAGAAGCAGCGACUGGGGGAAUCCCCUACCUCACAGCAGACAAAUUCUGGUGGAGGAGGACACCCAGUGCAGCAGAGAUCAAGCUCCCCGUGGCUGCGCCCAUGUACACGGGGGCCCAACCUGUAAAGUGGAGGGAGAAAAGGGCUGUAGAUUGGGAGAGUGUGGAGAUAUUUGACUGUGCUCCGGAGCACUUCGGUGGAGCAGCUGAGAGUGCAUUU